AUGUCACGAGCAAAACGAGACGGGAGUAAGGGCGCUGUUGCCGUCGCACCACCCCCCACAAAACGUCCGCGUUCUCCACAUUGUGAUGUCGAUGAUGAUGAUAAUAAAGGAGGAGGAGGGCGGGAGAUCAAAAAGCAUUGUCAUGAGGGAGCAGAUGCUGAUGUUUGUCAUGGUUCUUUUAUCGUCGCAGAUCUUCCAAGUAACAUGGCCGCCAUCUACACCCGCACCUUACGACAUCUCUUGCCAGAGCACAAGAAACACAUCUCGGAUGCUGGCAUCAUGGAGGAGGCCGGUGGAGCGACGCUCACUUUUGAAGUUCCUAGCAAGGCUGUUGCGGCGGCCAUGUUUAAACGCCUGCAGAAUGCCAAGAUUUACGGCAGGCGGUGGAAGGUGCAGUACUAUCCGCUUUCUGCUGUACAAUGUGCAAAGAAGGCAUGUCUGGUGGAUGUCCGUCUUGUACCUGCCGCCCCUCGCGCUCUCGCACUGUUUGCGCUUGGAGGCGUGCAAGGAUUUCUUGCACUUGUCGAUUCGAAUGAAAAAAACGAUACCGGCGCCAAUUUUAGCAGGCUUUCUACGGGUAAAGCGGCAACGACAAAAAUAACUAAUAGUAGUACUACUAGUCUUAAUAAGGAUACGACGGCUGGUAUCAGCGAACAGAGGGAUGUGAGAAGGCGCUCCAAAGAGAAGACGACAAAGAAAAAGACGAAUAAUGAAAUUAAAAGUGGCGACGACGAGGACCAUGACAUUAGGGCGAGUGAGAUGCCGUUUGCGGCGGCAACACCCAUGGAGGGAAGUGAUUUGGUGGAAUUUGUUGUAGCGUCAUUUGUGGAUGAAGGCAGCGCACUACAUGCACGGGCUGUGUUGUCAGGCCGACUCAUUGGCACCUCUGGUGUGCGCAUGUUCCUUGAGCGCCAUCGUUAG